AUGAAGACUGAAAAUUGUAUUUUCCUCCUGUGUCUGCACUUUGGAAUAAUUUUCUCUGGAGGAUUUUCGUUCUCAAACGAUCUAACUGAGAUCGACGACAACCAAGAAUUCACAGUAACAACUAAGGCGUUGAAGGAAUUGAUGCAGACUUCUAGAGAUUUGUCCACCGUGUGUGCUAUCUUUUCAAUCUGUUCUAAUGUUACAUUUAUAUCUAAACUCAAUAAAACCAUCAUCGACAAGAAAGAAACAACGAAUAGCUCAACAACAAAAGAAACUAAAGAAAUUUGCUCUAAAAAAGAGGACUGCCGACAUGAAAAAGCUGAAUGCAUUGCUAAUCAAUGUCAAUACCAUUCUUACAACCUUGACAAAAAAUCCUAUUCCCAUCUUAAUGAGAGGUGUACCGACUCAUCUGAUUGUAUGACUACUCGGUUAGUGUGUCAGAAUAAUGGAUGUGUGAAGUCGAAUGUAACCAUGGAAAGAAAAAAUUGGUGCCACCAUAAAUUAGGAGCUUCAGUCUGUUGGGGUCCAGAAAGGGGCCAAGAAUAUCCGAAUAUCGAAUGCUUUAUAAAAAAUAACAUAGGUAUAUGGCUUAUAAGAGAAGAUACAAUUCACCCUGAAACUCAACCGGGAGAAUGCGAUUUUAAUUAUUCUAUUCACACAAGUCUAUUCGCAAAUCGAUUUUUACAGGACGAUGCAAAGUUGGUAUGGAAAAACAGUAGUACCGCCGAUCUAAGCAAGGCUGUGUAUGCUGGAAUGGGAAAUGAUCAAUCACCUACUUUGAUUUGUCAGACUGUGCUCGGCCCUAUUAAGUUUGUUGGAACAUCGUUUCCACCUUAUUUUCAUUGUUCGCAUUUUGAAAAACAUGGAUCCUUUGGGUCCACUGUUAAAUUCAAUAUCUUAGUACAUGACGACUAA